CAGCGCUCCUGGUCCAGGCGCAGUACAGCAGGUUUGAAGGCAUCACCUACCCUGAGCCGGUGCAAUAUUCCCAGUACGACCAACAAUCAGAAAUUCAGGAUUACUACGACUAUCACGAUGUCACCCCCCGUGCCCCUGAGGAGCAGUUUCGGUACCAAUCCCAGCAGCAAUCCCAGCAGGAAAUCGUGCCGGCUCCAACCCCAGGUGGCUGCUGCCCCCGAGACUGAGCCCACGGAGCCGGGACCCCUCGACUGCCGGGAGGAGCAAUACCCCUGCACCAGGCUCUACUCCGUGCACAAGCCCUGCAAGCAGUGCCUGAAUGAGAUCUGCUUCUAUAGCCUCCGCCGAGUUUAUGUGAUCAACAAAGAGAUCUGUGUCCGCACCGUGUGCGCCCAUGAAGAGCUGCUGCGAG